UUUUAAUUAUUAUAUAAUGAUAUAUAUGUGUAAAGAAGUUAAAAUUAUAAAGAACGAGGUGUAAAUGUAACAAUUGUAAAUGAUUAAAAGAUAUAUUAGCAUUAUAUUAAAAUUAUUUAGCUUGGGAAUGGUGAUAGGCGCUGGUGGCCUUUGGGCGGGUGCCGGAGUGGAAACUAGAUCGAAAUACAGGGACGAGCAGACAUUAGUUGGAGGAGCAAUAUGGAGCCAAACCAUUAUACCGAUUGGACUAAUGAUAUCUAAAAUAGUCAACGAGAAACUGGAUAAGUUCGUGCAAACUUACUUUCUGAUAUCAGGGGUAAUUCUUUUAGCAUCAACAGGAAUAUUCCUAGUUGUUGGUGAAUAUAAAAUAAUGAAUAGACGUGUACAAAGAGAAAGAGACAUAUCGAUAACACGGCUGCGAGUUCCUGAAACAUAUGACAAAAUAUAUCUCAGCAUUGGCAUUUUAUGUUUAUUAGCUGGGCUGGUCACAUUAGUAGAUCUUUUAGUUCUUAUGUUUUAUUAAGACAAAUAAAUUAUUUUCAGUUAUAGUUUUUUUGCUGAAAAUAAAUUGGACAUUAUGUAUAUGUACACAAUUAAUAUGAAUGAAA